AUGGGAGAAAUAGAGGCGGGUGUGACAUGUGGCCGGGAUUCAAACCGGGGUUGUGGGCAGCGGCCCCUGGUCGGCCCUCCAGGUACAUCUCGGAUAGUGGGGGGCCGGGAGGCUCCUGAGGGCGCGUGGCCCUGGCAGGUCAGCAUCCGGCACAUGUUCAGGCAUCACUGUGGGGGGACAAUCCUCAACAGUCUCUGGGUGCUCACGGCCGCACACUGCUUCCACAAAUACAGAAGAAUCAGCAGAGCUUAUUUGUACGUGGUGGCAGGACAUGGUGUGUUAUCUGCUCCGGGAAAAAAUGCACAGAUCCGCUCCAUCAGGAAGGUCAAAAUGCAUGAGAACUACAACCACGUCACGUCUGACAACGACAUGACACUUCUGCUCCUCAGCUCUCCUCUUAAAUUCACUGACCAGGUUCAGCCCAUCUGCACUCCUCUUAACAUGACGCACGAGUUCAUCCUCAACUUCAGCCACUGUUUCAUCACAGGAUGGGGAAGCACCUUCUACAAAGGCAGGAUGAUGAACAGAUUGCAGGAAGCCGAGGUGGAGCUCAUCGACAGGAGAACAUGUAACCUGAUGAGCUGGUAUAACGGCCUCAUCACUGAAAACAUGAUCUGUGCAGGACUGGAGAGCGGAGCGGCUGAUGCUUGUCAGGGUGACAGUGGGGGUCCUCUGCAGUGCUACAGCGAGGAUGAGGAGAGCUUCUAUGUGGUCGGAGUGACAAGUUUUGGGGAUGACUGUGGACUUCCUCACAGGCCGGGGGUGUACGCUCGAACAAGCAGGUUUUCAGGCUGGCUGGAGACGAGCCAGGCAGAGUCCGCUGCACACAGACUGAACAUCAGACUCAGCUCAGCUCUGCUCAGUGCUGCUCUGAUGCUGCUGAAUCAUCAAUAA